CACCAGUGUUCCCACUGUGGAAAGGGUUGUAACCUCUUAUGGGAGCUGAAACAACAUGAGAGAAUACACACAGGGGAGAAGCCUUUCCACUGCUCCCAAUGUGGAAAAAGUUUUGGUCAUAAAGGAACCCUGAACAAACACGAGAGAAUACACACAGGGGAGAAGCCUUACCACUGCUUCCAGUGUGGAAAGAGUUUUAACCUGUUAGGGUCUCUGAAACGACAUGAGAGAUUACACACAGGGCAGAAGCCUUAUCACUGUUCCCAAUGUGGAAAGGGUUGUAACCUCUUAUGGGAGCUGAAACAACACGAGAGAACACACACAGGGGAGAAGCCUUACCACUGCUCGCAGUGUGGAAAGAGUUUUAACCAGAAAGGACACAUGAAAGCCCACGAGAGAAUCCACACAGGGGAGAAGCCUUACCACUGCUCCCAGUGUGGAAAGAGUUUUAGCCGGUUAAGGAACCUGAAAGUUCAUGAGAUAAUACACACAGGGGAGAAGCCUUACCAGUGCUCCCAGUGUGGCAAGUGUUUUAACCAGUUAGGGGCCAUGAAACAACAUGAGAGAAUACACACGGGGGAGAAGCCUUACCACUGCUCCCAGUGUGGAAAGUGUUUCAACUGGUCAGGGGAUCUGAAAAAACAUGAGAGAUUACACACAGGGGAGAAGCUUUACCACUGUUCCCAAUGUGGAAAGGGUUGUAACUUAUUAUGGGAUCUGAAACAACAUGAGAGAACACACACAGGGGAGAAGCCUUACCACUGCUCGCAGUGUGAAAAGAGUUUUAAACUGAAAGGACACCUGAAAGCUCAUCAGAAAAUUCACACCGGGGAGAAGCCUUACCACUGCUCCCAGUGUGGCAAGUGUUUCAGCCGGUCAGGUGAUCUGAAGAAACAUGAGAGAAUACACACAGGGGAGAAGCCUAACCACUCCUCACAGGGUGCAAAGCUUUUGCCCAUUUAGGAAGCAUGAAAGAACACAUGAGACUGCACACAGAGGAGAAGGCUUACAAAAGCUCAGGGAAAACAUAUUACUCGUAACAUAUUACACUUAAAUGUCAUUAGAGAAUCCACACAGGAGAGAGAAAUGACUUCUCUUAGCGUGCAUAUUGAUAUUUCACAUCACAUUGACUUAAAAUUCAUCAGAGAACAUACACAGUGCUCCCGUUGUCUUAUAUUGUUGACUGACAAUGUGUUGACCUGUUUUUACCAUAUUAAAUUGUUUCUUCCAAUUAUUGAUAAACAUGUACCUGUUAAGAAACUGACUGUUAGAACUGUUAAGGCUCCAUGGAUUGAUGAGGAAUUUAAAAACUGUAUGUUUGAAAGAGUUGGGGGAAAAGGAUAAUAAGUCUGGCUGCACAGCUGGCAAAAUGGAGAAAUGAUGCGACCAAACUCAACAAAAAUAAUACCCUUUAUUAUGAAGCCAAGAUCAAUGAUAUUGAUGGAUUUAAAAAAAUAAAAACACAGUGAAAGUAAAGCAGUGCAAUUAUUGAAUUUUGUAAAGUUGUUGUGGGAGAGGUGGAAAAAUGGUUAUCGAUCAAUAAUGACAAACCUCCUGGGAUUGACAACAGAUGGAAAGUUACUGAGGACGG